GGACCGUCGGUCUCAGAUGGCGCAUCUACUCACCAAUUCCCCCAUUGGACUGCUUGGCCGCUGGCUGUCAGGAGGGCGUCUGUUGCCACCCACCGAACAGCAGCCCGGCUUCCAGCUGCCUCCUCCCUAUCGGCUCGCCGCCACUCGCACGCAGCCGCAACAGCAGCAGGAGCAGGAGCAGGAGCAGGAGCAGGCAAAGCCCGCGACCCGACCCCCAUGGAAUGAACCCCAGAUCACCGCCGAAGGAGCGAUCCAAGUCGGUUGGUACUCGAGCACCGACCCCGACAACCCGCAAAACUGGUCCUUUGGGGCCAAGCUGCUCGUGUACCUGGAGGUGAAUCUCAUCACCUUCAUGGUCUACAUGUCGGUGGCCAUCUUCUCCGCCGCGGAGGGGGAGUUCCGCACCGUCUUCGGGGUCUCGCGCUCGGUGACCGAGUUGGGGAUGUCGCUGUACGUGCUGGGCUACGGCACAGGGCCGAUGAUCUGGAGCCCUCUAUCGGAAAUCCCCUCGGUGGGCCGCAAUCCACCCUACGUGGUCUCGGUGACCAUCUUCUUGCUGCUCAGCAUCCCCACCGCGGUGGUGAACAACGUCCCCGGGUUUCUGAUCCUCCGCUUUCUCCAGGGGUUCUUCGGGUCGCCCGGGCUGGCCACGGGGGGGGCCUCCAUCGCGGACGUGACGGGGCUCACGCACCUGCCCUACGGACUCUACGUCUGGGCUGUCUGCUCGAUUGCGGGCCCCGCGGUGGCGCCGGUCAUUGCGGGCUUCAGCGUCCCCGUCAAGGGGUGGCAUUGGUCGAUGUGGGAGGUCCUCUGGGCCGCCGGGGGGUGCUUUGUCUUCCUGCUGUUCCUCCCGGAAACCUCCGGGCCGGCCAUCCUGCACCUGCGCGCCCAACGCCUCCGGGCCCUCACCGGCAAUCCCGCCUUCCAGUCGCAGUCCGAAAUCGCCGUGCGCGACGCGAGGCCCACGCAGAUCGUCUACGACGCCCUCGUGAUUCCGUGGAAGAUCAACGCGCUCGACCCGGCGAUCCUCUUCACCACCGUCUACAUCGGACUGGUCUACGCCAUCUUCUACAGCUACUUCGAGGUGCUGCCGCGCGUGUACAUCACCAUGCACGCCAUGACGCUGGGCCAACUGGGGCUGAUCUUCCUGGGGGCGAUCGUCGGCACGCUCCUGGUGCUGCCGGGCUACUUCGCCUUCACGCACUGGUCGCUGAACGCGGACUUCCGGCGGGGGGUGUGGCCGCGGCCGGAGAAGCGUCUCGUGCCCGCCCUGUGCGGCAGCGUGCUGGUGCCCGUCGGCCUGUUCCUGUUCGCCUGGACCGCGCGGCCCGACCUCCACUGGGUCGUGCCCACCGUGGGGCUCGUGCUCGAGGUCGCCGGGAUGAGCCUCGUCAUCCAGUGCGUCUUCAGCUACGUCGCCGUCGCCUAUCUGCGCUACAGCGCCAGCCUCUUUGCCAUCAACGAUCUGGCCCGGGCCUACCUCGCCUUCGCCGCCAUCAUGUGGUCGGACCCCCUGUAUGACCGGCUGGGCGUCGCCCGCGGCACCACCCUGUUGGCCGGGCUGACCGUCGGCUGUGUCGGCGGCAUGUUCACCUUGUACUGGUGGGGGCCGGCGUUGCGGAAGCGCAGUCGCUUUGCUUCCGAUUGAGAAUCUUCUUUCUCGGGCUCCAGGCCCUCGGGGAGUAUCGAGGGUUCAGAGUAGUGGUGG